AUGAGUGUGGGCUUUAUCGGAGCAGGUCAAGUGGCCCACGCCCUGGUCAGGGGGUUCACUGCUGCAGGCGUGAUUGCUGCCCACAGAAUCACCGCCAGCUCUCCAGACACAGAUCUUCCAACAGUGCAUGACCUCCGGAAAAUGGGUGUGAAUGUCACCAUAAGCAACAAAGAAACUGUGAAGAGGAGUGAUGUCCUGUUUCUGGCAGUGAAACCUCACAUCAUUCCCUUUGUGUUAGACGAGAUUGGACCUGAUAUUGAAGAGCGUCAUCUCAUUGUGUCCUGUGCAGCAGGUGUCACUAUCGGCUCAAUAGAAAAGAAGUUGAAACUGCAUACUCCAUCUCCAAAGGUUAUGCGCUGUAUGACCAAUACUGCUGUUGUGGUGCGAGAAGGGGCCACAGUCUAUGCCACUGGAACUCACGCAGCAGUCGAGGAUGGAAAGCUCCUAGAGCAGCUAAUGGCCAGUGUGGGCUACUGCACUGAGGUUGAAGAGGAUCUGAUAGAUGCUGUCACAGGCUUGAGUGGCAGUGGUCCAGCCUAUGCGUUUAUAGCUGUAGAUGCUCUAGCUGAUGGCGGGGUGAAAAUGGGGCUGCCCAGGAGACUAGCUGUACGACUUGGCGCUCAAGCCUUACUGGGAGCUGCUAAAAUGCUGCUGGAUUCAGAGCAGCAUCCUGGGCAGCUCAAGGACAACGUUUGCUCACCAGGGGGAGCCACUAUACACGCGCUGCAUGUCAUGGAGAGCGGAGGUUUCAGAAGCCUUUUGAUAAAUGCAGUAGAGGCCUCCUGUGUCAGGACAAGGGAGCUGCAGUUUUUGGCUGACCAGGAAAAAAUCUCCUCAGCUGCCAUUAAGAAGACAACACUCAACAAAGUGCUGCAGCAGCCUGGUGAUCAGGACGAACUUGGAGAAAUCCGUUGUGCAGGUGGACCCGGUUCUCGUGGCAUGACUACCACAAACAAAGGAAACAAGGCCUUGAAGGUGAAGCGGGAGCCCGGGGAGAAUGGCACCAGCUUGACAGACGACGAAUUGGUGACUAUGUCGGUACGAGAGUUGAACCAGCAUCUCCGCGGCCUUACCAAAGAGGAAAUUAUCCAGUUAAAGCAGCGGAGACGUACUUUAAAGAACCGGGGUUAUGCCGCCAGCUGUCGAGUGAAGCGUGUCACCCAAAAAGAGGAACUGGAGAAGCAGAAAGCUCAGCUGCAGCAGGAGGUGGAUAAACUGGCAACAGAAAACGCCAGUAUGAAGGUGGAGUUGGACGCACUGCGCUCAAAGUACGAAGCCCUCCAGAGUUUUGCCAGGACUGUAGCUCGCAACCCAGUCACCACCAGAGCUCCAAUGGCCUCUAUUAUAAGGAGUAGUGAGUUAGUCAUCUUUGCUCCCUGUGGGCCACUGAAGCCCCUUCUGUCUCAGCACACCUCAUCAAACAUCAGCCUCCUCAGCAGCGCCUCAGCUCUGCACAUUCAAAACACCUCUCCAGAGAACAGCCACAGACAAAGAGACAGAUGGCUGGAGACACACAUCUUACACUCAGUUCUGCAGGGCAAGUCCAACCCCAGCACCACUGCAGACCUGUGCCUCACGCAGCUCUCCUCAGGUGUCUGCCCCAGACAAGGGAAGGCCUCUGAAGACUUGAUUAAUUUGGUGGGCUAG